CAGGGUUCCGGGGGACAGGGAUGUUCCCUCUCAAUAAAGAUAUUCUCCCUGAGACUACUUUUGCCCCCAGCAAGACCACCGAAAGAAUGCUACCAUCCACUCUACCAUCCCCGCCCACAAGGCUGCAGUCUCUCCCACCCCCGCCCACUAGACCAUGGUCGCCCCUGCUGACCUUGACCCACUCUGCCCGCCAGCCAUCAGCCCUGCUCUCUGGACCUCAGCCCUCCCACCCGCCAGCCAGACGUCAGUCGCUUGCCGAUCCGCCAGCCAGACCUCAGUCCUCUGCUUCCCUGACACCCCUGCUACCUCGGGAACCACUGCACUUUUUCCCAGAAGAUGAGGUGGUGCUUGAAGAGGUUGUGUUGGAGGAUGUACCGGAAGAAGAUAAUGACCUCUUCAAUCAGUUCACACCACAGGAAGAAACCCACUCCCAGGAUGAGGGACCUUCAACCUCCACAUCUGUGAGAUCGGUCACAUUCAAUGACUUGAUCUCAAUGCCGCAAAGGGAGAGGGCCAUCAGAAAGAGAGUGAAGCCACCAUCGUAUAACCUAACAAGUGAGCAACACAUUGAAUAUAUUCAAACAAAAAAAUCAUCCAGCAAGCAUCCAGCCAAGCAAGCCAGCUGGUACCCGGGCAGCAAGCAACCGAAAGGGAAAAAAAAGCAGGGCAAGAGAAGCAAAUCACCUUGCAAAGUCUGCAACACCCACUAUGGUGACCCAAAUGACCCUAAGGCUACUGAGGAAUGGUUAAAAUGUGUUCCAUGUUCUGCCUGGUUUCAUGAGAGCUGUGGUGAAGACAAUGGUAUCUGUGCUGACGAUGGUUUCAUUUGCAAAGACUGUGUUUGAAAAGUUUUCACACAAACAUAUCAGUUAAUAAUUUGGAAUGUGAAUUUUUGUAUUUUUGUGAAUGCACAUUUUGUUCUAAAUGUGUUGUUCACACACACACACACACACACACACACACACACACACACACACACACACACACACACACACACACACACACACACACACACACACACACCACUGACAGUUCACUGAUCUAUGCUGUUCCAAAAUGGAUUUUUUUAAUUGCACAUUUGAAUAUGUGGGUUUGCACCCAAAAUGUUUUUUGAAUGGCACAUAUGAAUUUUUGUUUAAUGCAGUUUAAAUGUUAUGUGGCUGUAUAAGCAACUGUGUUUUAAAAUUAAAAUUGAUGAUAAAUGACUAUUUCCCUUUGGAGUUUGACUGGCCCAUUUUACCUGAAGCUGUGGCCCAUUUUACCUGAAACUGCUCAUGCAACAAAUGUUGGCAGAGCUGAUGUUUCAAGAAC